AACAAACCCAGCAGCCCACGAACACUAGCAGCGGCAACGGCAAGCAAACGGCCACGAGUUCUUUAGCAGCACCAGCGUUGAUCUGCAGCAACAACGGCGUUCUGCAGUGGCGGGGGCGAGCGACUGUAGCAAACGAACAGCCACAGCGGCUAAAGCCACGAACGAAGAGUCCCAGCAGCUUUCCCACGAAUCACACUACGAAAUUGAAAUUGGAAGUUUAAGGACGUAAUGGGAACUCUAGAGACUAAAUAGAAACUUCCAACAUUCAGGCGUAGAUUUAAUCAGUAAGAUAACACUGGAAGCUGAUGCGGGCAUAGAAGCUGGGUGUCUUCUUUAGUUUUUUCAAGGAAAAAGUUCAUAAUUAUUCUAAUGGGGAAGCAAUUAGUUCGUAAACGAGGAGUUAGUGACACCGAGGAACUUGAAGUUUUCACGGAGCGAACAAACUAUGAUAAUUUAUUAAUGCAAUUACAGUCAUGUAAUAAGGCUGUUGCUGCUUCAUGUAUGAAAAGACAAAGACAAGAGGAAGGAAAAAGUGACACAGAGGAAGAUGAGGAUGGUUGUUCUGAAUCUUCUAGUGCACUGGAGGAUGAGGAUGAGGAGGAGGAGGAAGUGACUGAUGAUGAGUUCCGUAGAAGUCCAUCUUUGGCAAACAAAAUGAGUGAGCCAGUGCUAAAUAUUGAAACGGAAGGAACUGAAGAUGACACUAAUAGCUCUGACACAGAUCAGGAGAAUGAACUGGAAGCUAUUUCUCACCAUGCCUCUUCAAUAUCAGAUAGAACUAGUUCGUUUAACAAACACAUGGAGCAUAAGUUAUCUAAAGAAGAGGCCGAGAAUUUCCUUAAAAUGAAAUGGAAGUAUGCAUGGGUGGUUCCUGCCAUAGGGAUGUCAAACUGCAAGUGGUCGGGGACCGGAGAGUGCCUUUUAAAGGAUCUAGACGUUAAAUCUAGUAAUUACGAUCUUAAAGUAAGGUUAUAUGAGCACUGGUUGGAUGUGUACAAGACAUCUGGAGGCACUGACUUUCAUUCAUCGAGACAGAGAUUUUUCUUUUCCCUUUGCAACAGCUACCGUGAUAUACUGUACUGCAACAAGAAACCCUUUUAUCUGAAAGGUCAAGAAGAAGACUCGAGUAUCAUGGAUUCAUAUAUUAUGCAUUCUUUGAAUCAUGUUUUUAAGACUAGAGAUCUCAUAACGAAGAAUGACUCAAAAGUGGCCAAACAUCAAGACCGAGCUGACAUUCUUAGUGGGGAGAAAUUUCUUGAUCAUGGAUUUACUCGUCCAAAGGUUUUGAUUUUAUUGCCCCUUGCAAGCAUUGCUCUUCGUGUAAUUAAAAGGCUGAUACAUCUCACUCCAUCAGCAAACAAGGUUACAGUGGAGCAUCUUGACCGUCUAUAUGAAGAUUUUGGAAAUGGAGGUGUUGGGAAGAAUGGAGACACAGUUGAAUUAUCUCUUAAUGAUCAGAAUUGUAGCUCUAAAAAAUCUUCAAAACCUUCUGACUUCCAAGCACUCUUUGGUGGGAAUAAUGAAGAUCUCUUUAUGAUUGGUAUCAAGUUCACCAGGAAGAGCAUUAAGUUAUUCGGUGAUUUCUAUUCAUCAGACAUAAUUGUUGCUUCUCCCCUUGGUCUGAUUACAAAACUUGGCGAAACAGAGAAAAACAAGGAGAAAGAUGUUGACUAUCUUUCUUCCAUUGAGGUCUUAAUCAUUGAUCAUGCAGAUAUAAUAGCAAUGCAGAACUGGUCCCAUGUGAAUACUGUCAUUGAACAAAUGAAUAAGAUACCAUCGAAGCAGCAUGGAACUGAUGUGAUGCGGAUAAGACAGUGGUAUCUUGAUGGAUAUGCGAGGUUCUAUAGGCAGUCCAUAGUUUUGGGCUUUCAUUCAAACCCAGAUAUAAAUGCUUUUUUCAAUCACUACUGCAAUAACUACCAAGGAAAGGUGAGAAUGUUAUGUGAAUACAAAGGCAUUCUUCCAAAAGUGGUACUCCAAGUCCGCCAGGUUUACGAGAGGUUUGAUGCAGACUCUAUAGCUGAUGUUGAUGAUGCUCGUCUUGAGUACUUUUCCAAGAAGGUGUUUCCAAAGAUAAAUGAAUCUAGUCAGGGUGGAGUCAUGCUAUUCAUUAGUUCUUACUUUGAGUUCGUUCGAGUUCGAAACUUUUUGAAGGCACAGAAUGCUUCAUUCUGUCUCCUUGGGGAGUAUACAAAGCAAAGUGAUAUCUCACGAGCGCGAAUUUGGUUUUUUGAGGGAAAGCGGAAGAUCAUGUUAUAUACGGAGAGAGCACAUUUUUACCACAGAUACAAGAUUCGUGGCAUUCAAAACUUGAUCAUUUAUUCCUUGCCGGAGAGGAAAGAGUUCUACACUGAGAUUGUAAAUAUGCUUGAUGGAUCCCAGAACAUGACUUGCAGAGUGCUUUUUUCACCAUUCGAUCAGCUCCGGCUGGAGAGAAUAGUUGGAAGUGUGCCAGCAAAAAGAAUGGCUACAUCAGAAAAAAGCGUCUUUGUAUUUUGCUAAAGCCCAUUUUUAGGUGCCAGCAAGCUUUUUGAGGAAGACAAACAGCCAUGUGAUGGAUAUCUGCAAAAUUGAAGAUGAACUUCAGAAUCUCUUCACUGCUGAAAAGUCAGUUUUGAUCAUGCUUCGGCCCUCCAAUUUUGAAACCAACUUGUCAAUUCUCUUUUUCUUUAUUCUAUGUUAUUUAGUCUGAGUAUUAUUAUGUAAUAUAUACAUUCSAGAUUUUCUUUUUCCAUGUAAAAUUUGAGAAAGAAACUAAUCUCAUGGUUUACAUCUUUAAAUAUGAUUCCAAUGAAAGGCUUAACUGUUUUC